GGGCAGGCAGCCUCAGAGAGCAGCUACCACUGCCUCUUAAAACCUAAGGUACUUCUCAUUACAGCUACAGACUAAUAGACAGAGAGCAGGGGAGGGCUGGAGACAGUGCUAAGAGAGGGAGAGGGAAGGAGAGUGAGAAAUUGUGAACAGGGAAAGUUAGGAAAUAAGCAGUCCUACUUGUGUGCUCCCUCUUCCUUGACUGCUGCCUCCCCACUUCACUACCUGAGGCACACAUACACACACACACAGGGAGGUGUUUCAGGGAGGCUUAGAGGGCUGACUCUCCAGGGAAGAAGGGAAUUAAACACUUUGUUUUCAAUGCACGGCGUCCAUACUCAGGACAAAAAAAGGGAUUACAGCUUGUACGCCUGCCCCACUUGUUCCUCUCUUCUCUCUGCGUUUUGUCUUCACUGAGUCACUUUGGAGACUUUGGAUACAACCUUCUUGAAUUGUUGGUUCGGGCUCAGAGAGGCAUGGCACACGGACAAAAGAGCCCCAGGUGGGCAUUAACCCAGGGCUCCUUCAGCUUGGCACUGGGCCUGUCGCUCUUCUCCCUCCUCCUCCUCCUCCUCACCGUCUCGGCCGCAGAUGAGUACGACUACUACAGCUGGCAGUCGGACAACUUCCACAAUGGCCGCUUCUACACCAAGCAGCCCCAGUGUGUGGACAUACCAGCUGACCUGCGCCUGUGCCACAAUGUGGGCUACAAGAAGAUGAGGCUGCCCAACCUCCUGGACCACGAGACCAUGCCAGAGGUCAAGCAGCAGGCGGGCAGCUGGGUGCCCCUCCUGGCCAAAAGGUGCCACGCUGACACCCAGGUCUUCCUGUGCUCGCUGUUUGCACCGGUGUGUCUGGACAGGCCCAUCUAUCCCUGCCGCUCGCUGUGUGAGGCCGUGAGGGACAGCUGUGCUCCGGUGAUGGAGACCUACGGCUUUCCCUGGCCUGAGAUGCUGACCUGUGAUAAGUUUCCCAUUGAUAACGACCUCUGCAUCCCCAUGCAGUUCACUGGGAACCAUGCAACCCAGCCACCAGUGUCGAAGGUGUGCCCUCCGUGUGACAAUGAACUGAAAGCAGACAACAUCAUGGAGCAUUACUGUGCCAGUGACUUUGCCCUCAAGAUGAAAAUCAAGGAGGUGAAGAAGGAGAAGGGUGACCGGAAGCUGAUCGCGGCUCAAAAGAAGAAGAAAGUGUUGAAGCAGGGUGUGCUGAGGAAGAAGGACCUGAAGAAGCUGACCCUGUACAUCAAGAAUGGCGCCAACUGCCCGUGCUCCCAGCUCGACAGCCUGGGCUCCAACUUCCUCAUCAUGGGCCGCAAAGUGGACCAGCAGCUGCUGCUCAUGUCCAUUCACAAGUGGGACAAGAAGAGCAAGGAGCUCAAAUUCGCCAUCAAGUACAUGAAGUCCCAUCAGUGCCCCACCUACCACACCGUCUUCCAGUGAUGCGGCUCGCUGCACUGUUCGCACAAUCCACCAUCGCUCCCCACAUUCCACCCUGUUCCACAUAGAUCCUAAUUCUGCGUCCCUGAACCCCAGAUUCCUGAAAAAUCUAUGUAGCCCGACAAGAGGACGCAGGGCAGCCAAGCUCUUAUUUUCUCAGCUUUAACAUGAAUCAGGUUGUCAAGGGGGUCGUCGUGAUCCGCUCAGAUGAAUCAGACAUGUUAAUGUUGGAGAGAGGAAAAGCUGCACGCUCUGCAGCUCCCUCCUAAAAAUAAAAGCCCCAACGCAACCACAGAUUUUAUAACAAUUUGGGUGAUAUCAUUUUAUUCCCCAAAGCGAAACAGACAUUUUGAUUGACCCCCUGCGAUUUAAUAGAAUCUUUCUUAACAAUUCUACUUUCCUCUUCUGAUAUAGUAGAACAAAUCACUUGUAUGGUAUCUUACAGCAACUUUAUCAAGACAGUGGCAUUAAGAAAUGGGAACCUAAAGAUUUGAGGCGACUAUCGGAGGGAAAACAUGCUUGACAAUGUAGUGAUUACAGACCGACAGAAUGGAAAGGGAGCUGAGUUGAAAGGCAGGGUUUGUUUCAGUGUAAAAAGAGCUGAGAGAAAUGACACGCUACAGUACAUGUGGGCUGUGCAAUGGGCCAGUGCACACAUUGGCACAGAGCUCCCAGGAACAACAUCAAAGGAGAGAAUUGUAGAUGAUCCACUUAACUGUAUGUUUUAAUAAUGUAAAAAGUAGGUAAUUCAGACCAAUACUAGAUGAUUAGAAAAUUGGGCUUUUUUCUUUUAUCCCUGCUGGGAAAGAAGACCGAUGGAACGAGACAGACUGGCGGACUGGAUGAUGCUUCCACUGACUUUGUACAGCACCGUUUUUUGUGGCCUGAAAGAGGGAAACUUGAAUAUUUUUUUGCUUUUUCAAUUGGAGAGAGAGAAGGAGGUUGAGGCAGAGGAGACAUCUUCCUGAAAACAAGCGGAAAAUAAAAGAGAAAGAAAGAGAGAGAGAAAAAGAGACUCCGGACAGAACCAACAAUGUUGGGUUGAUAAGUCUCUGGCACUCGCUGUUUUUCACUAUCACUCUUCAAAUGUUUCUACUUUUUGUACUUAAAUUUUUUGAAUUUGCUUCAGUUAUCUAUUGUAUGAAAGCAGGAAUCAUACAUACAGACAUAGCACCUGAGUUCACUGUUGCCGUAGCAAUAAAGGAUGAAAAUUUAACUUUGACAAUAUUUUCUAAUCAGUUAACCUGUAAGUAGUUCUGUUACUGAAAUACAUCUUUGUUUUACAAAAAAGUAAAUGAAUAAAAUAUAUUUGAAAUUUUUAUAA